GUGCCCCUGGGCCCCUUUGUAGUAAGACUUGCCAGAAUCGGAAGAACAACUGCCAUCUCGGAGGCGCGGCCGGGGGCGGAAUCGGAGCCGCCCCUGGAGGCAGAGCCGGGCCCAGCAGCGGGGCCUGAGGGAGAGAUGGAGCCGCGCGGCCGCGGGCGGGAGAGGGCGGACAUCGCCGACCUGGAGAGGCACAUGCUGCAGGCCUCGACCGGCCCGGUUCCGCCCGCGCCCUCGUCCGGCGGCAUGGUGUCCCGCACGCGCUCGCGCUCCUGGUGCGACGCGGAGGCGCGCAUCCUGGCGUCUCCGGACCUGCGGCAGCAGCGGUUGCUGCGCGAGCCGGGCGGCUUCCGCCGCGACUUCCUCCACGCGCGGGCGGGGGAGCAAGGCCUGGAGAUCCCCGAGAGGCCCGCCGCGUGGGGCACCCGGCUCCUGCGGCAGAUCUCCGACCAGUACUGGCAGCUGGACGAAGAGCAGGUCGUGUCCCGGGAGGCCUACCUCUUCGGACUCGACCAGUGGGGCGACGACCUCUGGCGAGACUGCGCGGAGGGCGGGGCCACGCAGCCCUGCCCGCACACGCUGAGCAAGUGCGGCAUCGCUUUCGUGAUCUUCAAGGCGAACUGCGGCUGCGCUGUGCUGUACCAGCCCAGGGCGUGGAGGAACGGCGGGCUCGUGCUCUCCGCCGCAGCGUUUCCGACGGUGGCGGUGGUGUCCAUCCUGUGCGCGGCGAGGCUGCUGCACGCCCGCAUGGUCGCCGGCGGGCGCUUGAACCUGGUCGGCGCCGAGGAGGGCCGCAAGCUCAGUUACGGCGACCUCAUGGAGCAGGCGCUCGGUCCCCGGGGCCGCACCGCGAUCAACACCAGCAUCGUGCUGCUGCAGAGCGGGACGUGCUGCUCCUACUUCAUUGUCAUCGGCUCGCUGAUGCAGAGCGUGUGCUUCAGGACCGUGCCCCUGCAGCGGCUGAUCGUGGCCCAAUUGCUCAUCAUGCUUCCGCUCGCAACUGUGCGGAAGGUGGCCAAGCUCUGGCCCCUCAACCUGUUGGGGACCGUGCUGGUCAUUGCGGGCACAAUGAUCGUCAUGUGCGAGGAGGGGCAGCAGCUCGUCUCGGCUGGCCCGGCGAAGGGCAUCGAAGCAGCGAACUUCGAGGACUUCUUCGUCUGCCUCGGCACCGCCUGCUUCAUGUUCGAGGGCAUCGGCCUCGUGCUGCCCGUGUACGAGAGCAGCCGGGAGCCCGCCACGUUCCCGCGCCUGUAUUGCGCCGUGAUGUGCGCCACCGCGAUGAUGGUGAUCACGGUGGGCUGCCUCGGGUACCUGGCCUACGGCGACGGCGUCGACAGCCUGAUCUUGUUGAACCUGCCCGCGGGCGGCCUGCAGGCGUUCGUCCGGCUCGCCUUCGUGGUGCAGGUGGUGUGCUCCUUCCCCCUGCAGCUGCUGCCCGCGGUGCGCCUCGUGGAGGACCUCUUCUUCAGGCCGAUGUCCAACCCGCCGCUGGCGCGCAAGUGCUGGAAGUCCUGCUUCCGGGCGGCCUACGUGGUCUUCCUGGCCAUGGUGUCCGUCGGGGCCUCCACCUCGCUGGACAACUUCGUGAGCCUCAUCGGCGCCGUGUGCGGCGUGCCGCUGGCCUUCGUCUUCCCCGCCAUCUGCCACUUCCACAUCGCGGCCCGGGGCGUGCCCGCCCAGCGGCUCUGCGACGCCUGCCUCGCGGCCGGCGGGGUGGUGCUGGCCCUGGCCGUGUCCUGGGUCAACAUCGCGGCGUGGGCGCGGCAGGUCGGCUCCUGAGGGCCCCCCGGGGGGGGGGGCUCCGGGGCCUCGCGGCUGGCGGGGAGGUGCUGGCACCACGGCCGCGCCCCGAAGAAGAGCAGACGGCCUCAACAGAGCUCUCGACGGUCCGCGCGGAUUUCCUGGGUCUGCGCGGGGGCCCCCCUGACGGCGCCUCCGGCGCCACCCCUGGCGCGCUCCGCGCGGCAGGGAGGGGAGCCAGCGCCGAUCUGAGAAGCGCCUGCGGAUCGUCGGAAGCUUCUGUUUCGGCAGUUGUGUUAUUCCUCUUGUAUCCCGGGCGCGGGCGCGGCAGGUUGGGUCCUGACGGCCCUGGGGGCUCGAUGGGGCGAGCACGGAGCAUUCCACGACCGAUGGUUGCAAAGGCCCUACGGCCGGUGCCGCCAACCUUGGAGGGGGA